GGUAAUAUGAGAGUGAGGAACCUUGUACUUGUGAACAAUCUCCUGUUUCAACACAUUUUUCACAUGGAGACCAGAGCAAGACAUGAGUAGCUAGAAGAGAUGCCUCGUGCUGUCCAUCAGAAAGAAUGCAGGCGUGUCUAAGAACCAUGAGGUACAAAGGUCUAUCCAGCUGUAACACGAGAAGACUGCCUUUUUAGCAAGCUGCAUCUUUUGCUGUGUGAGUAACACCACCACAACCACAGCAUGUGACAAGCUGCUCAAAUCACACCAAACUUGGAGAGCUGGACAACAGGAGGACCACGAUGGCUUCAUACUGACCAAGAAAAGUUGCUGUAAAGUGUUGAAAGGCUAUUCAUUAUGUCCAAGAGCAACCUUUGGUCAUACAAUAUUUGACUGUUUAAGAAGCCAGUGCAGAAUCAACAUGGACUCAUCACUGAUAGCUCAGAAGAGAAAAGUAACUGUGUUACCAACAGCAGCCCCUGAUGGGGGCUAUGCAUGGUUCAUCCUGCUCGCUUGCUUCCUAGUUUUUGGCCUGACCUUUGGGGUCAUUAAGGCCUUUGGUGUAUUCUAUGUUGAGAUACAUCAAUACUUUGGAACCACAGCAACAGGAACAUCGUGGAUUACCUCAAUUGCAGUGGCCACCAUUCACAUUGUCGCUCCAGUGGCAUCUGCACUCAGCGCCCGCUUUAGCCAUCGCUCUGUAGUGAUAGCAGGUGGGCUUAUAUGCAGCUUAGGAGUCAUAUUUGGGGCUUUUGCUAAUAACCUCACUGAACUCUACUUAACAGUAGGGUUCCUCAAUGGUUUUGGCUAUGCCUUAACCUGGACCCCCACAGUGACCAUGUUGGGCUUUUACUUUGACAAGAGGCGCCCAGUGGCAAACGCCUUAUCCAGCUCAGGGGAGUGCAUUCUUACGUUUGUCCUCACACCCUUGUUUCAGCUGGUGAUCAACAACUUCUCUUGGAGAGGUGCUCUGCUGAUCUUAGGGGGUCUGCAGCUUAACCUGUGUGUGAGUGGGAUGCUGUUGAGGCCCCUAAAAGCCACCAAAGGUGUUACUAAUGGCAGUGAUGUAAAAGCUGCAGAAGAAAGCUUAGCCCUCAAAUCAGUCUCAAAAGAGAACUUGGAUGAGAUCAAACCUAGUCGUCAUGUAGGGAAAGAACUGGAAAUAUCUGAGGAGGCUGUUGAGCGGACAGUGGAACCAUGUCUCGAAGAUCCCGAGGACAAACAUAAUACAACCAAAGACACAACCAACAGAACUAAGCAGACUACACUAAAGAACAAAAUUCUUCUCUAUGUAGAUUAUACCCUCAUCACAAAUGCUCCAUUCAUGAUCUACUCUAUGUUUGGGGUGUUUGCUGCUCUGGGUUUCUUUGCCCCAGCUCUGUUCCUGGUUCCAUAUGCUCGCAGUAAAGGGAUCGAGGAGUAUCAGGCAGCUGCGCUCAUGUCCAUCUCUGCAGUACUGGACCUUUUUGGAAGAGUGUUUUUUGGCUGGGUGGCAAACCUGAGACUGGUAGAGACGGUACAGCAGCUGACUGCUACAGUGAUUCUGCUUGGUACGGUGUUACUCCUAUGCCCACUGGCCACCUCGUUUUCAGAGUUGAUUGCUUUUAGUGCAGUUUACGGGCUAGUGUAUGGUGCAACGGUUUCCAUUCACAUCACCGUGCUAGCUGAGGUUGUAAGCAUCCAGAGGCUUGGAAGUGCACUGGGGUUCUUCAUGCUUAUUCGCAGCAGUGGAGGCCUGCUCGGACCACCCAUUGCUGGAUGCUUCAUUGACAAGAUGAGUGAUUAUGGGACAGGCUUCCUCAUGGCAGGGGUGGCUCUCAUUGUCUCUGCCUUGUUCCUGCUCCUCCUCCGCCAGAUCAACCAAAGGGGUCAGGACGCAGCUACCAAGAGUCAUAAUACACACAAGGACAAAAUAAUGCAAAGUCUAGGAGGUGAAGAAAAAGAGGAGCAGGACAUGGCAUAACAAUAGAACAUUUUCUGCAGUUGUGAGUUUAAAGUGGCAUUUGAUCCAAAGAUUGCCAUCUAAUAUAAAUAAUAAAUAAAAAUGCAAAGACAUGUUAAGAAUAACCUGCUGGAUUGUCAUGGUCUUUCUGGUAUCUGUAUUCUGUAGGAUGUUGAUGGUUUGAAGUCUUUAAGGCAUCUGUUUCUUUCACAUACAUGCAGGUAUCACAGAAAAUAUCCAUUGGUAAAAAUAUAUAAAUAAAUAGCAACACCGACAAACCAUUUUGACAUUCACAGUUUGCAGCUGAUCUGCUCUGUUGUUUAAUUUUCAUAAAACACAAUUUGCAAACCAAGUUGUUUCUUUUAUUAUUUUUUUUUAAAUGUUAACAGUGUCAGUUAUGCAGGCAUGUUUACAGUCAGUGGAUUGGAACAGAUUUUAUUGUUUUUUUAUGAUGCAACUAAGGAACUUUUGUCUCACUAUGAAUUUCCAUGAAGAACUACAGUAGCAGAAA